AUGUCAACGCGUGUAUGUAAAGUGAUAAAACUUAAAUCAGUUCAACUGCGGUCAAUGGUGUAAAACUCGGAAAAAAGUAAACAUCGAGAUCAAAAUAUCUGUAUAAUUGGAACGUCAAACUAAAAUAUCAAAAUAUUAACAUCGAUUAUUCUUAGUGAAAAAAUCGAUAUUUAAUUACCAUUCCUAAUCAUAAGAAUUACUAACCAGGGUGAUAGACUGUGAGCUGAGGCACGAUGGAAUAUAUGACUCUUCGCCUGUUUAUCCGCCAUGCAUAGAUCAAUUCUUUAUCAACAUGUUCAUAAAAAAACGCGGGAUUCUAAUAAAGAGUACAUGAAAAAGACACUGACAUGGGAAUAAUCUAAUUUUUCAUUAUGCUUAACUUUUGUAAAUUAUAAAAAGGUUUUGUACAAUCUUAUCAGGUGAAUUUUUCAGUAGUUAAGUAACUGUUGAAUUUUCAGAGACAUUUAAUUUAGUAAUAGUUUGUAAUAUUAAUUAAACUUUGUUCAUCAUCUUAUAAAUAAUUAAUAUUUUAUUAUGGAAUCAACUAUUUUUCCAACUCGGACGUAUGUCAAUGGAUCAUACUUACACAAAUUUGUUGGAAAGUCCAUUACCCUAAUAGCUACUGUGUUAAAAAUAGGUGGAAAUGAAAAAUCUCUUACUCUUCAAACUACAGAUAAUCAAGUUGUAAAAGUCAAUUUUCAAGAAACAGUGGACAGUGAAAUAGAUUCUUUGGUUGAAGUUCAAGGUUAUGUAGCUGACAAAACUACUAUUAAUGGAACUUAUUACAUUAAUUUGCCAUCUACUAUAACUCAUGAUUUUGAUAAAGGCAAUUUUGAUGAAACUGUUAAAUUUAUCAACAACAUAACCAAUCCAUUUAAAUAAAUUGGUAAACUCCUUAAUUGUUUAUUUUUAAAACUAUUUUUUUUUUCUUAGUAUUAUGUUUUAUUUAAUGUACUUAUAAUUUAUAUUUUUAACAAUUAAUUAGAAAAUAACACUGAAGCUAUUAUAUAAUUAUUAUAAUUAUAAAUUGAAUGUCUUCUAUGUUAAGUUAUUUCUUACUGUAAAAAAGUUAAUAAUAAAUCUCAUUAUUCGAUUUUAACAAAAUAAUUGUACAGCAUUAGUAAAACUAAAAAAUCUCCAAGUAUUAUUAUUUUUAUGUUUAUGUUUAAUUUCCUUUCUAAAAGUUUAUGCUUAUAUUAGAAAAAUGAGAAAAUCUUACUCUUAAGAGUAUGAUGCAUUACUAACUGAGCUUAGUAGGCCAUAUUUUAUAAUAUUAUAAGUCAGGAUGAUUACUGAGUAGUGUCAUUAUAUUAAUUUAUCGUUACACCACUUUUUACACAAUUUUUUUAAGAAUAUUUUAAGGUUAUAUAAAAUUUUUUUCAACAUAUUAAUAAUGACUUUUCAAAGUAUCAAGUAUAGGUUUUUAGUAAACUAUUUUUUUAAUUUAAUUGUG